ACUCACCAACACAUCACCGCCAGCCUCAGUUCCGCCAUCGCUAUGCUUCUCCCCAAGGCCAAGGGCACGGCCUUGAUCCUAAGUGCUGCCACUGCUGUAGCUGCUUCCGUGGGUGCCACGACACCAUCAUGUAACACACGGCAAUUCCUCACCGUGUCGACGUCCAACGGCCCAGUUAUAGGCCACGCUGCCUCCAACUCCGACUGCGUGAUCGAGUAUCUGGGCAUUCCGUUUGCGCAACCGCCUGUUGGAGACUUGCGAUUCGCAGCGCCUGCUAAGAUCACAGCCAAGAAUACGUAUGAAGCGGCCCAUUAUGGAGCUGACUGUCCUCUGACGCCGUCAAAGCCUGUGGACUAUCCCGGGUUCACGCCUCAAGCGCAGCGCAUCAUCAAUUAUUUCGCGAGUGGUGCGGGCACUCCCCAGAGCGAAGACUGCCUCACUCUAAACAUUUGGUCCAAAGCGACGCGGAACUCACUAAAAGCAAAGAAGCCCGUGUUGGUCUUCUUUUACGGUGGCAGGUUUGCCAUUGGAAACACAGAUACUCCCUUCUACACUGGCAAAUACUUCGCCGACGCCGAGGACAUCGUGGUGGUCACCGUCAAUUACCGAAUCAACAUCUUUGGUUUUCCCGGCGCCCCAGGCUCGACGCAGAAUCUCGGACUCCGCGACCAGCGAGCAGCCGUAGAAUGGGUUCGUGAGAACAUCAAGCAGUUCGGCGGCGAUGCAUACAAGAUUACCAUCGCUGGCCAAUCCGCUGGAGGCGUGUCGGUGGAUUACUGGACUUAUGCAUACGAAAAGGAUCCCAUUGUCAAAGGCGUCAUUGCACACUCGGGCAACGCCUUCAGCUUUCCUGUCAAUGCCCCCGGCGUCCCUGAGAAGAACUGGGAUACUGUUGUAGCAGCUGUGAAUUGUUCCUCUGCUUCCAAUGUCAUGGCUUGUAUGCGCGAGGCUGAUUGGCAGGCUAUCAAAGCCGCCGCAGCUAGCAUCAAGCCUGCUUCAACCACCAGUGUCCUACGAAGCACCCCUGCCUUCUAUCCAAUCCCAGACGACGAGAUUGUGUUUUCAGAUUAUGUCAACUUGACCAAUUCUGGCCGCUUUGCAAAGGUGCCCCUCCUACUGGGCAACAACAAUAAUGAAGAUGGAUAUUACCGUAUCCCUGCCUACGCCUCCGGCAUCAUACCGACGGAUGCCCAAGUCUCAUCUUUUCUCCUCGAGUCUUUCACUUGCCCUGUGUCUCACCAAGCCAAUGCUCGCCGAGCUCACGGCGUGCCAGCCUGGGCUUACCGAUACAUGGCCGACUGGAACAAUACUCGUCUGUUUCCUACCAGCGGUGCGUAUCAUGGAGUCGACCUACACAUGAUCUUUGGAGCGUCAACAGAUGUCAGUGGCUUGCCCACGACUGCGGACCAGAGGAGUUUGACGAGGCUGAUGCAGCACGCCUGGUUCUCUUUCAGCAAUAACCCAUCAUCCGGGCUUAACAGCAUUGGAUGGCCGGAGUUUGACCAGAAAACUGCCUCAUUGAUUGUACUUGGUCAGAACAAUACUCCCAAAGCACAAUUUGUGCUCCCGUCAGAUUUCAACUCGCCAUGCCCCAAUGUGACAUUAGGUGGAUCAGGAACAUUGGGUCCGUAAUAACAAAUUCAUAAUUGUCACCACAAUUGAUGUGUGGUAGGCUCAAAAUGAAUGAUGAGAGUUAUGCCAGAUAUGUGUAUACGACCCAGAAAAUGAAUCACGCCUGUCUUCAUGUUUCUUCACACUGGGAGGUUACCUAAUUCCACAAGUAUAUAAACUGGGCUACCAAAUUAAAAAGCAACAUGCAAAAGUCAAUUAGUAUACAUACUCAUCGCACACGAUAGAGCUAUUGCUCACGUAAAUAGGGCGCACGUAGAUUAGAAAGAGUUUUUCCUA